CUCAACUUGCUCGCUCGCCGCCCGCCCGCUCGCCCGCUCGGUGGCUGGUAGGAGGACGGACGUAGGCAGCCCAGUCGGCGACCACAUCACAAUCCAGAGCAGUGGCCUGUCUAUUUAUGAACCAAACAGCCCAGACAUAAACUGCGACGCCGAGCUCGGACCGCUUUCUUACCGCAUACUAGCUAUUCAUUUGCGGUGUCGAGGGUUGGGGGAAACCCACACUUUUUUGAUGGCAAUUUGGAAGCCUCAGCGGCGCUUCGUGGCUCGGGGAGGAGACGUUACAGCGCGAGGUAGCUAACGUUAGCUCGCUAACAAGCUUGCCUGGCAUGGCUGUCUAACCAGCUGCCAAAAACCCCUCUUGAUGGAUCCCAGAGGACAGCAAAAGGAAAAACACAAUCAGUGAGCACAGCCAAUAACAAAGGAAUCUGACCCAUAGCGUAUCAUUUGACUGACUUCAGUGCAUGUGGCCUCUUAAGUCAUUCAUAGACAUCUGCUAGGAAGCUCAAGGGCCUACUGCUAUACACUAUAAAAUGGGAGACUUGGGCGGUGGAGAAACUGUGAGGUCCAGGCUUUCAAGUAGGACUAUCUUGCUGGUAACAGGGCUUCUGAUAGCCUUGGCCCUGGGUGCUGCACUGGAACAGCAAGACGCAGAGGUGGACAGGUUCCCCAUGGAACUGGAGGCUUCCAUGCAGUCAUCCAUGCUCUCCGAGCUCCAGGCUGCUUCCGCUGUCAUGGCUACCCCAGUGUCUUCUGUAAAUAAAGGGGGCGUGCAGACCGGCAUCCCCGACUCUUCAGCCAUUGUGGGCCAGGUGUUCCAGCUGAGGAUUCCACUUGUACCUGAAAAUGCCAGCUGUAAUCUCCAGUUUACUGAGAUGGGACAGCCAGCAUUACCACAAUGGCUCUAUUGGGACAAAGAGAGCUGCUUCCUGAUAGGCUUGGCCCUGGAGCAAGAUAAAGGUGUGUACCAUAUCUCAGUGUCUGGACGAGACACUAAUGAGAAGACUGGCAGCCCAGAGUUUCCCAGUACGGUCUUCUCUAUUGAAGUCUACCCAGAAGAACGGGCAGACACAGAACCGUCCCUGCUCGCUCUGCAGUCUGACGUCAGUGGUCUGCAGCCUUUCACUUGUGGCCCUGAGGAGCCUGUCACUGUCCUCACUGUCAUACUUGAUGCUGACUUGACAAAGAUGCUUACUGAACAGAAGGUCACUUUACUGACUGUUAUGAGAAGAUUCUCGCAUGUCCCUACUGAGCACAUGAGGGUUGUCCCUGUUGUCAACAACCGCUUAUUUGACAUGUCUGCGUUCAUGGCGGGACCGGGGAAUGCCAAGAAAGUGGUGGAGAAUGGAGUUCUGCUCUCAUGGAAACUUGGAUGUGCGCUUGACCAAAGCAGUAUCCCUGACAUUAGCAUUGUCCAGUCCUCCGCAAAGGAUGGAACCAUGUCAGCCAAGCUUGCGUACCCAGUGGUUGGUUGGCACAUUGUCAACAAAAAGCCUCACGCCGUCAAACGUGUCAAACGACAGUUGUACAACACUCCCACUCCUGUACCCUCUCUGCUCCCUCCCACCACUUACCCAGAACCCCCUGUGCGUGUUGUUCCCAGCCCAACUUCCCCCUCGAUUGCCCCCGCAACAGACAACUCUGCACCCCCUGUCCGGGGUCCUUUACCACUUCCUGUGAAACCCACUAUGAGGGUCAGAGAUCAGAUAGCCCACACACCUGUCUUUGGUCCCCCCCAACCCACCAGAGUAUUGGGAUCGACUAGCACCAUCCCAAUCCAACCGACCAUGACCAGACCUACAUUUGUGGAAGCCACUGCUUUACCGACACCACCAAGCACCACCAAAAAACCAAAACCAAAACCUUCUAGCACAAGAAAGCCCAGGAAACCCAAAACGUCAACCCCAGCUCCCCGGGAGCCCAAAUUCACCACAGCAAAGCCACCUAAACGCACCACCCCACUCUCCUUGGCUCCAGACCUCAACAGUAUGCCCGAGAUCCGCAACCCAAUCGACCAGGUCAAUGCAUGGGUUGGCACAUACUUUGAGCUAAAGAUUCCUCCUGAUACGUUCUUUGACAAAGAGGAUGGCACAACUGACAAGCUGCGUUUGACUUUGAAGCAUCCACCCAGAGAGGCAGUCAGUGAAACAUCCUGGAUUCAGUUCAACAGCACCAUCCAGCUUUUGUAUGGACUUCCUGAGGAGCAACACAAAGGCAAACACGAGUACUUCAUGUUGGCCACUGAUAAAGGUGGGAGGAGUGUCAUGGAUGCAUUUGAGGUUCAAGUAAACCACUGGUCAACUAAUGAUAAACCAUCAGUGGUUUUCGCUGCCCGUUUUCAGGGUGACCCUAAAAUCCUAAGCAGUGACGUCCAUAAAAAGAUUCUACUGACUAAGAAAUUAGCUUAUGCUCUUGGCGAUCGCAAUAGUAGCACAGUGACCUUACAAAGCAUCACCAAGGGCUCCAUUGUGGUAGAAUGGACCAAUAAUAGCCUUUCGCAGAGUUCCUGUCCUAAGGAGCAGAUCACAGUUCUCAGCAACAGGAUUGCUGAUCCGCAAGGCGCACCUAAACCCGCCUUCGUCAAAGCCAUGGAGCCUGAAUUUAAACCCAUCAACAUCUCUGUUCGCGGCGCAAACAAAUGUCAAAGCUUCACCUUCAUCCCACCAGGAGAGGUUACGCCAAUCCCUGAUCUUCCAACUGCUACACCUUCACCCGGGACUGGUCGUAGAAGCAGCGAUGACGUCUACCUGCACACGGUCAUCCCAGCAGUCGUGGUAGCGGCCCUCCUUUUAAUCGCCGGCAUCAUUGCCAUGGUCUGCUACCGUAAGAAGCGCAGAGGGAAGAUGACCAUGGAAGAACAGGCUACCUUCAUCAAGAAAGGAGUUCCCAUAAUAUUUGCCGAUGAGCUGGAUGAUUCUAAGUCCCCGCCGUCGUCCAGCAUCCCUCUCAUCCUUCAGGAAGAAAAGCCACCGCUUCCUCCUCCAGAGUACCCCAACAUGGCUGGCCCCCACAGCACCCUGCUCAACCAGGAUUUGUUGGAGGAGUAUUCAGUUUAUCAGGAUGACGAUCCCAACGCACCUCCUUACCAGCCCCCGCCGCCGUUUACCGUCCCUAUCGAAGGCAAAGGCUCUCGCCCCAAGAACAUGACCUCCUACAGGUCACCGCCCCCCUACGUGCCUCCCUAACACUCACUGGAGCCUUUCAGUUUGGAAUUCAGGUGCACUGUGGGGGAUACUUGUUGAAAUCUACUGCAGACGUAACUUGACAUGGAUUUCAAUGAAAUGCGGGCAACCAUACAUGUACUUUGACCAUCAUGGAUAAGAUAAUUCAGUGUUUUCCUACUGGAUCAAGCAAAAUAGAUGAACAGUUUGAAAUUCCAUCACUCUUCUCUCUCUAGCUUGCUCUCUUUUUGUUCUUCAGAUCUGCUUUUGACUCUUUGAAAUGCUUUCUUUUUUUUUUUUGCCGAGAAGAAGAGUGAAUUUUAUCUUCAGUGAUGUACUAUUUCUAUUGUAUAGAAAAUAUUAGAGCAGGAGAGACUGAAGCCCACUGGGCCUUUAAGCAGACCCGAGGCGCCUCCUUGACGUGUUAUUCGAGAGCUGUAUCACUCAUAUCUGUCCUCAGUUUGGUUAGCAAAGAUUUUCGAGGGGCAGUUUAACACCACAAACCAAACUGAAAGCAUAAACACACAUUAUUAAAAAAAAUACAUAUUUUUUUUUUCAUAAUUUGCUUCCUCUUGACUGUAAGUGCUUGUUCAAUCUUGUCUCACACAGAAUAGACUAGCUAAGGCAAAGUAAAAACAUUUUUAAUUGAAUUUCUAAUUUAGUUACAAAUCAAUUCAAAUUUUUUUUUUUUUUUAUAAAUUAUUUUCACGCCGCUGAACUUGCCGUCUGAGAUGUUUUGUGUUGUUGCUAUGGUGUGCUGAAUGGUGCGGGAGGUUGCCAGGUCAACAAUUAAGGUGGGCAGUGGAUGCUGUGUCGCUGGUUCGCUUAGAAUUUCCAUUCCAACCAAAUGCCAAAUUUUGUAAGUCUUUUCACCGUUUUUUUUGGACCAUUCAUCAGUUCAGUUUUUUUCAAUCUGUUUUGAAAGUAGAAAACAAACUAAAGUUGAAACUUGUGUGAAAAGCUAAACAGAAUGUCUUUGAUGUCAACAUGCGAGUGUUGCUUGUCAGACGGCGACCCUCCACGGAGAUGAUGAUUCAUGGUUGCGCUGACAACGUGAAAUGUGAACUUAAGAGCACAGUGAGGAGUCACCGCUUGUGUUGCUUUGCCUCGCCUCUUGGUGUCGCACACGGGGAUGUAAAUAAUUGUGUGCCUGUGAAAUUAAACAAAUCACAUCAUGUUCGUGUUUUACCAGUCAACCUAGUUGGGAACAGAAGGGCCACAGUGGGAAAUUAUUAUUUUUUUAAUUGUAUGCUUAGAUUUAUGAUCACUAUCAUGAUAAUGAACUUUAUAGUGUGCAAAACGUUUACCUGCCCAUCACAAAGAAAUAGUAUCUGAAUGAUCGCAACAAAUAAACAAUAUGUGAAUUAUGUACAUUUCAUACCUGAUAGCACCAUUAGAAAAAUGUAAAAAAAAGGAAAACAAUCUAAUGUUUUUACUGAGUUUUUGAUACAGUCUUAAACUUGUUUUAUGAAGGUAUAUUAAUAAAAUGUAAUACAAUUUGUAAAG